AAGUCAGAGCCUCCCACCCCCCCCCGUCCCCCCACGCGCCGGAGCGGAGGCCUUGGAAGUGGAGCUGGCGCUGAAACGUUACGAGCUCGGAUUAAACAACAAAAAACCUUUACCCGUGUGUGUGUGUAACGAGCCACGCAGAAUUUAGCUUUGCACCUAUAAAGGGUGACUUGCGAAGGGGGUAAAACUCGCGGGAAGUGAGCGGAGGAGAACAAACGCGAGAGUGUGAAGAGUAUACACGCCUGAGAUGGGAGACGGUUAGAGGUGAUGAGAUAGGGCGAGGUGAGGAGAAACAACGAGAGAAACAGAGUUGUGGGAGAGGAGUGAAAGAAGAGACGUUGUUGUGCGGAGGAGGAGGAGGAGAAGGAGGGAGGAGGAGGAAUACGCGGAGAGAAACGGAGGAGUCUGUGAAGAAGAGUCGAAGAGACCGGGCGAGGAGACGCGCGCACCCGCUCCGGGACUGUAACCUUCACCACUCAAGUGUGCGGCUGAGCCGCGGUCCCCUGAGCCCGCUGGGCAGAAGAGUUGCCGGCGCGCUGGACGGGCACCCAUGCCGUUGGGCGGCGCCCUGCGCGCCCCUGCAGGCUGCGCGCCUUCGCUGCGGGCCUGACAUCGGCGCUGGCAGCGCCGCCUCUGCCACCGCACCCCCCCGCCGCGUGAAGAUGGACGGGCGACUCGGCGACGCCGCCGCCGCGGCCGCCGCAGCCGCCGCCGUCGCCGGCCUGAACUGCCUGCCCACCGGCGGUGCCGCCAGACGCAUCUUCGACCGGCACAAGCGGCGCCGGUGGCUGCGCCGGGUCGCGCUGAACCGCUGGAACCGGCUGCGCAAGCCGCAGGCGGCCGUCCGCGGCUCCGGCUGGCUCGUCGGCGACCUCCAGCCGCGAACGCCGCAGGCGCAGGCGGCGCAGCCGCGGCCAAACCCGUCCCAGCGCACGUUCCUCUGCUCGUCCUCCCCGCUGCUGCUCGCCAGGCAGAGCGCCCUGCUGUGCGUACAGAUGCUGUCCGAGCAGGUGGCGGCGACGAACUUCCACGACGCGGCCGCGCCGCAGGUGGCGCCGGCGGGGGUAGGCCACGGCAGAGCGCAGGGAGGCGCGCGCGUGCCGCCUGCGCCCGCUUCCUGCCCGCCGCCGCCGCCGCUGCCGCCGCCUCCUCCAUGCGCCCAACCGCCCGCUCCUCCUUGUGCCCAACCGCCUUCGGUGCCGGCACCACCGCUUCCUCCUCCGUGCGCGCCGGCGACUCCUCCUUUGCCGCCGUGCGCGCCGGCGCCUCCGCCGCCUGCGUGCGCAACACAGCCUCGAUGCGUGCUGCAGCCGGCAUGCAUGCUGCCCUGCUCGGGAGCCGGCGAGAAGUUUGGAGGCGGCGACGGCUGCGAUGGCGUUGGGAGCGGCGUGGAGAAGAUGGACUGCGACCCCGCGGGAUCGUCGGACGAGGAUCUGGCCGUGACAAUGGACGACCUGGAUGCGAUGACCAAGCUUCUGCAGACGGUACAGCGGCACACGCACCACGCGGAUGGCGUGGAGAUCUGCGGUCCCUUCCUGGCGGGCGACUGCGACCUGUGGGCCACGUGCCCUCGCCACCACACCACGCUGCCCUUCCACUGGCAGCUGCGCAAGCGGAGGCCCGUGGCAAGACCCGGGCCCUGGCCGGGGCUGCUCGGUGGAGACCGCGGCGGCGACACCGGCGGUGGCACGGUCGGCAUGGCGAAGGCCGGAGGGGAUGAGUGGGAGAGCCUCCCCGAGCACGCCCAGGACCCGCUGGAGAAGCUCUACUGUGACCCCGACCGCAAUGUCAUCGUGCUGCAGCACGGGCUGCGCCGCAUGGUGGUGGACCUGCACACGAUGCUGGUGCGCGACUCCGGGUACGACCGUCUGCGCCGCCUGUCCGUGUCUGAGCCCGGAGGCGCGAACCCCGAGUUCUAUACCCUGUGGAAGAUCUACUGGAAGGACCAGCUGUGCUGGAAGGAGUACGAUGAGCCACUGGCUCUGCAGUUGGAGGCAGCUUGGCGUGCGGGGCAGCGGGAGGUGGUGGUACCCGCCCGGCGCGAGCAGAGCGGUGCUGGUGCGGUUGCUGGUGCGGCUCUUGGUGCUGGCGGUGGUGGUGGCGGGGUGGUCGUGGACCUGGCGAGCUCCGUGCAGCACGACCUGGCCUUGGGGACGCAGCAACGUGUGGCGCGGCGCCCGCUCUACCGCUCGCCCGUGCUGCUGCUGCCUCUGCUCAGGACAUUGGCCGACCCGGCAGAGUUGGCGAACCCCAUGCUGGUGACGCCGUCGCAAUCCUCCUCCGUGUCCUCCUCAUCCUCCUCGUUGUCGUCUUCGUCAUCGGCGCCGCUGCUGCCGGCCACGUGGGUGCCAAUGGAGCCGAGCGCCGACUUUGUGCAGGUGGAGAUGUCGGCGAGCGAGCGUGCCUUCCGUACCGUCUACUCGCUCUUCCACAAGACGGUGCCCGAGACGAAGGCAUCCAUCGUGUCCAUCCACCGCGUACAGAACCCCUUCCUCUGGGAGAAGUACUGCAGGAAGAAAGAGCACAUGUGCCGCCGGCUGCCGGAGCCGCUGUGCCGCACCACCGAGCGCCACCUGUUCCACGGCACGUCGGCCGAGGCGAGCGCCGCCAUCUGCAAGCACAACUUUGACCCUCGCGUGUCGGGGAAGCACGCCACGGCCUACGGGCAGGGCUGCUACUUCGCGCGCCGCGCUGUCUACUCGCACGGCUACGCACGGCCCUCGGGGGAGCGCGGCCUCCGCUGGAUGUUUCUCUCCAAGGUGCUGGUGGGCAGGCACGCGCAAGGCAGGCCAACGCUUCGCAGGCCGCCUCCAAUCAACCCGUGCGACCUGACCUCGGACCUGUUCGACUCCUGCGUAGACAACCUGGCCGACCCACAAAUCUACGUCGUCUUCGACAACGACCAGUGCUACCCGUACUUCCUCAUCUGCUACCGAGUGCUGGAGGACGUGGUGCAGAUAUGAGCAAUCUAUACCCGGUGUGACUAGACUAAGUGGGUGACCUGGCCAAGUUGGGUGGACCAGGCUUGGGAAUGACCAGGCUAGUUGGCGACCCAGCUCAUGGGUGACCGGGUGAAGUGGGGAACAAUGCAAUGGGGCGAUCAGGCGAUUGAGUGAGUGGGGAGACCAAGCUAGUUCUCCAUCAAGCCACCGAUUAACCAAACGGUGGAUGAGUGGGCGAGCGGGCUAGUGCGUGAACGGGCUGUGGUUGGUGUUCAGGUGACCGGGUUGAGUGGGCCACUGUGGCGAGCAGGUGGGCAAGAGAGUGGGGCGACUGACUCGCCGGGGACACCCAAGUGAAUGGGAAACCGGGGCGAGUGGGCGACCUGGGCUAGUUAGACAACUGUCCAGCGGGAGACUGUACAGGCUCUUGCUCGCCCACUCUCACCCAGUCAUCGCCACGUGCUCGGAAGAGGAGUCCUCGUUACAAUUGGGAGUCGUCGGCUGCGGGUUGGAGCACGUUGCCGCGAGUUGGAGCCGCCAACCCCCGCUGCUCGAGGAAGACGGCAGCAACGCUGGGGUUCGCCAUCAUUGGGAGUCAUCGCUUGUCCGGGACCACUGUCGUCAGUGUUUGGGAGCCUUUGACAUCUCUUGGAAGGAUUUGUUGCCGAUCCUGAACCCCUGUUUGCAGUCAUCGCUUAGGAAGCAUCACCGUUGAUGGGAUUCGUCAGCAGGAGCUGUGGACUGCCGGCCGCGGGCUAGGUAUUACCGCAACAGCGGGGCUUCACCAGCGUUGGAAUUCUCCUUUCCCUCGGAAGCCGCCGCCACUGCUGUCUCAGAGUAAUCGCGAGAGUUUUGUCACUCAUUGGCACCACCGCAGUUAGGAGUCAUCGCCAUUGUCCCGGCUGCACGACGUGAAAAAAAUACUAAACUCUGAUGGGAACUUGUGACUUGACUGGACCGCCGCUGAUGGAGUUUGCAGUUAUUUUGUUUUUAUGUAAAUGUCCAAAACUGAAAGGGGGUUACGCAUUGGCCGAAAGAGAUUUUUCCCUACGGUUUUCUCGCAUUUGUUUUGUACGAUCGCAAUUAUCAAGCGGUAAUAAUUUAGCGUUAUUUGUUAUAUAUAUUUUCGUUUGGCUGUCGAAAUGAAUGCCAGCGGAGUUGGGCGUGACUGACAGAUGCAUGCACACGCGUACACACACGCACGCACACUUGUAAGCACAUGUUAAACGCAUGCACUCGUGUACGCGCAUGUAUGCACGUGCACACGCACACACACGCACUCGUGUACACACGCACGCACUCGUGUACACACGCACGCACUCAUGUACACACGCACGCACUCGUGUCCAAACACCCACAGACGUAAUCGUGCACACAUGAAUGUAUGCGCACACGCAUGUGCUUGUAUACACACUCGUGUAUACGAUCUUACACGCACACACACACGCAGAUCUAAACUCGUAUGUAUUUACAUGCACACUAAUACAGGAGCCAUGGUGACAAGAUGUUAUCUCCCUCGCCCAGUAUGCAGGAGGUCGUGGGUCCUAUCCUGACCCUGACAAUGCCUGCUGUCUAUUUGGAGUUUGCAUGUCUUUCUCCCCGUGAUCGCGUGGAUUUU